UGCGAAUAUUUCUGAUGUAGACGCUGAAGGCCUUCCGAGUUGGAAUUUCAAAAGAAUUCAACUUAGGUCCAAGUACAUUAAUCGGAAAUUCAAGCGGGACACUACAUCGACAGGCUUGGUGGAUAUGUUGCAGGACGUCAUGUAUGUAGCAACUGUUACAAUAGGAACACCUCCCCGCAUAUUUGAUGUUGUAAUAGAUACUGGCUCAGCAGAUUUAUGGAUACCCGACUCUUCGUGCGUUGGAACAGGAUGCUCUGGCAAGCACACAUUUGCCGCCAACUAUUCUCUCUCGUACGGCGGUGACGGCGGUAGUUGGCAAAUUACUUAUGUAGAUCAGUCGGGUGCAUCGGGAGUAACAUCAAGUGAGACGGUAAUAGUUGGUGGCUUCAUAUUAAAAAACCAAAAAUUUGCAAGAGCGACGAGAAUGAACGACGGCUUUCAAGGCCUACCGGCGGAUGGGAUUAUUGGGUUAGCCGGACCUCAGGAUGCUGUUAUUCCGGGGACAGUAACGCCAAUUCAAAACAUGAAAAAUCAAGGUUAUAUAACUAGCCGCUCAUUCGGUGUAUGGUUAGGCAAAUCAAGCAAUGGGGGUUCAGGAGAAAUUACCUUCGGCGGGUUCGAUCCUUCUCACAUAGACGGCAAUCUAACUACUAUUCCUCUUGCUAGCCGAAGCUUUGACAGUGUUGGGAUAUGGGUGGUCCAAAUGAACCAAAUAUCUGUUGGCAGCAGGGUAUUCUUCCUCGGGCCAAAAGAGGGGUUUACUGUUGUAGACACGGGUACAUCACUAAUUGCUGCCCCGACCAUUAUAGCAGAUCAAAUUAACAAACUAUUCAACGGUACUUUCUCGGCCCAAGCGCAGGCGUAUAUUUUAGAUUGCAAUGCAAAGUUGCCAGACUUAUCGUUUUCCUUCGGAAAUGCAUCUUUCACCGUGCCGGGCGCUGAUUUAGUUGUUGAUGCGGGACAAGGAUUGUGUAUUAGCGCUAUUCUUCCUAUAGACAUUGGUGGCGGUUUGUCAUUCCUUGUGGGCGAUACGUUCUUAAAAAGCAAUUAUGCUUAUUUCGACCUCGAUUCAUCAUCGAUUGG